AUGAGAGUCUAUGUCGGGUUGUGCGUCGCAUUGUCUUGGCUGACUCAAGCUUCGUCUGCACCAAGGAAGCCUAGGCUUACUGUAGCAGAAGAUGAUAUGCCAAUAUAUUAUGUUAGAAAUGUAAAUGGCAGUCCAGGAACAUAUUCAUUUGGUUACGAUAUUUUGGAUCCGAAUACCGGGAAUUCACAGUACCGUAAUGAAGAAAGAUAUCCUAAUGGAACUGUUACGGGAAGCUACGGUUAUGUUGAUGCUGCUGGAAAACCACAAAGGUUCAGAUACGUGGCUGACGAAAAAGGUUAUAGGAUUUUUCAAGAGAUCAGUCAUUUGCCGCUAGUCCAGGCUCAGACACCUCCGGUUAGGAUGCCAGGUGAUUCUGCUACGGAAUCGUCUAUAACUUGGUCGAGGCCUAAAAAGAAAAACAAGAGGAAGCCAGUUGCUCAGAUGAUGAAAUCAGAAGAAAAUAUCGAUAUUAAUUCUCUAAGGCAACCCAGUUUUUUUGCGACUUAA